UGGGAGGAAGGAAGUGGGCGAUGGGAAAAGCGGAGUGCGGCAGCUGCUGCCCCUGGAUUUGAGUGGUCAGCAAUCAGGGCUCUUGGAAGCCGGGGGCUGAGUAGCUGCUGCUCCCGAGUGGGGUCUGGGCCCGGGAGAGACCUGCAUUACAGCCCCCUCUGUGCCUAGCAGAGAUGGGGACUUUCUCCAGUGGCUGGAACUAGCCCCCCCGCGGGCAGCCUCGGGCUCUGCCGACAUCCGGAGCUGGAGACUGCAGGAGGGGCUGCAAGAGCAUCUGUGCUGUGCAAGAAACGAGCAAAGAGAAGCCAAAGAUGACAAGGAGAGGCAAAGAGUGGAACAGCUGGUGGGUGCUCAGAGUCGUUCUCCCCACCCCGGCACCAAGGUUUGCCUAGGAUCAGAGUGCCUGGAGUGAUGUGGCAACCGCAAGGACCCUCCUGCCGGCCUCAGCCAGGAAACCAUCCCCACUGGAAUCCAGGGAGGAGGAAACAGACAGAAGCCAAGAGGCAGAAAAUCAUCCGGGAGUGGAAGAAGCUAUGUGGGUUUCUGGAGGAGCAGCUUCCCGCUGUCCUAGCUGGAAGAGCUAGACAGAGCAAUUGUCAAGAGAGGGGAUGAGAGGAUCUCUGAACUGUCCCUGGAGAUUUCCCUGCUCAGUGAAAUGGGAGGAGAGAAUGGAAAGGAGCCACUGAGCCAAUCCGUACAGGAUUUCUUCUUCCCAAACCUGACAUGAUUUCCAAGGUGGAACAAGGGGAAAUGCUGUGGGUCCCAGAUCUCCAGGGCUCCAAGGAGAGGGAGAUCUUGAGAGCAGGUGAUGGGGAUAGAAGGUCCUGAUGGGGAAGGUCCUGAGCAAGUGGAACAACACUGGACAUUACCGGGAAGAUCUCAAGGGAAUGUGUCCUUGAGUCCUCAGCAGGAAGCAGCUUGUGAGAAUGAGCACAAGCCAGAGAACCAUCAGGAUAACCUCCCCAUGCAGGAAGUAGGUAAAGGUGUUCAUUUUGGGGGAGGUUGCAAGGACCUUGAGAGAACAACAGUCCAGCAGAGAAUCUCCAUGGAAGAGAGAAAAACCACAUGCACCGAGUGCGGGAAAAGCUUCAAACGGAGAUCAGACCUAAUUAGACAUGAGAGAAUCCACACAGGAGAGAGACCCUAUAACUGUCCCAACUGUGGGAAAAGCUUCAGCGAUAGCGCAGCCCUUACUUUACAUCAGAAAACCCACACAGGAGAGAGACCGUAUAAGUGCCUCAAUUGUGGGAAAAACUUCACUCGCAGCUCACGCCUCAUUGAACAUCAGAGAGUCCACACAGGAGAGAAACCCUAUAAAUGCCUCGACUGCGGGAAAAGUUUCAGUGUGAACUCAGCCCUCAUUAGACAUCAGAGAAUGCACACAGGAGAGAAGCCUUAUAAAUGCCCUGACUGUGAGAAAAGCUUCAAUGUGAGUUCAUCCCUUAAAACACAUCAGAGAAUCCAUACGGGCGAGAGACCCUAUAGAUGCCCUGACUGUGGGAAAAGCUUCAAGGAGAGAUCAAGCCUUAUUAACCAUGAGAGAAUCCACACAGGAGAGAGACCCUUUAAAUGCUCCGAGUGUGGGAAAAACUUCCGUGUGAGCUCAGCCCUCAUUAGACAUCGGAGAAUUCACACAGGCGAGAAACCAUAUAAAUGCCUUGAAUGUGGGAAAAGCUUCAAUGUGAUUUCAUCCCUUUGUACACAUCAGAAAAUUCACGCGGGAGAGAAACCAUAUAAGUGCUCCGACUGUGGAAAAAGCUUCAAUAUUAGUUCGUCCCUUAUCACACAUCAAAGAAUCCAUACAGAAGAGAGACCCUAUAAAUGCUCCAGCUGUAGGAAAAGCUUUAAUAUUAGCUCAUCCCUGAUUAAACAUCAGAGAAUGCACACAGAAGAGAGACCCUAUAAAUGCACCAACUGUGGGAAAAGCUUCAUUCAGAGCUCAUACCUUAUUAAACAUCAGAAAAUCCACAUGGCAGAGACGCCUAUAAAUGCCCCAGUCAGUAGCCAUAGUAAAAAUAAACCAUUUCCUGAUUUCCGUCCUACAUCAGUGACAUUUGGUUCCCAAAUAUGUGGCUGCCCCUCUCUGGGGUGAGGAUACAGCAGCAGACAAACCUGAACUGAUGAGUGACUCUGGUUCUGUUUGUCUAGAACACCCCAGGCAGAGCAGAAUACCUGAUCCACUUUGCCUCAUUGCUGCAGGCCCAGCUGCUGAGGCGAUGUGCCUCUCCGCCUUCUACCUGAUGGGCAAAGGAAGAGAAAAGAACAACUCUGGAAAUUCCGUCUCCCCUUCCCUGCCCUUUCAUGGAGAUUAGCAGAAGAAAACUUGGGUCCCAUAUUCACUCUAGAGACCUGUCUCCACCUCUCUUCUUCCACCAGCCCCUGGGCUGGGCUCUCACACUUAACUGGAGUUGUUCCCUGCAGUGGGGUGUCCCUGAGGGCUAGUAACUCCUUCUCUCCCCAAAUCCCCCAGGGUGCUUGUUUCUUGGGGGAUCAGAUGUUAACAGACCAGGAGGGAUGGGUGAUGGGCAGGUAAUGGAGAAAUGUAAUGUUUGGGGUUGAUGGAGAUGGGAACCAGAAGCAGUCAGAUGCAGAGUGUUGAGGUUUCCAGUGUGUGGGGAUCAUGGAAUAACAAGUGUGGAAAGGGAUGGGAUUAGGAAGGUACUUCUCCUAUAUUUCAGCCCCUCUGACCCUUUCCCUGUCCUCUCAGUAUUAAGAAAGCAUCACUGAAGGGACACAAAAACUAGGGGUCACCAAAUGAAAUUAAUAGGCAGUAAGUUUAAAACAAACAAAAGGAAGUAUUUCUUCACACAAAGCCUGUGGAACUUUUUGCCAGCAGAUGUUGUGAAGGCCAAGACU